ACUUAAAUAAAGUGUGCACGUCGGGCGGAGAGAGGCUGUCCGUUACGAACAGUACGUUGCACUACGAGCGACACGAAUGCAGCCGUGACCGAUCGAGACAGUCGAGACGGACUCAACAGAAUCAACAUCGCGGAAAAGGGGCUUCAACGCUUCGAUAAGAAAUACAUUCACGAUAACGCGCUUUUUUGGAAAGGAAAGGAAGGAUUGAAGAGGAUCAACAGUCACGGCUGAAACGUCGUCACAAGCAUAUCGAGCUGAUACUUGUUGUUCGACAAAAGCAAGAUGGCUGCCGUUUUAUUGAGUAUACUCGCCGUAAUAAUCGUCUUAACGUAUAUUUAUUUAACAAAAAACUCUGGAUAUUGGGAAAAGCGAGGAAUUCCAUGUGCGUCCGGAAUUUUCUCGGGAAUGGCUCGUAUGCUACCGGUAUUGUGCUUGAGGAUUACAUACGCCGAACGUUUCUCUCGGAUGUACAAGAAAAACAAGGAUUUCAGCAUGGUCGGAUUCUAUGAUUUCUUAUCACCGGCGUUGAUGAUCAUCGAGCCGGGACUAGUGAAGACGGUGUUGCAGACUAAUUUUGCGAGCUUCCAACAGAAUUAUCUAAAGAUCGAUCCUAAGCUGGACCCUCUCUCGGUGCAAAAUCCUUUUUUCACGACUGGGGAAAAGUGGAUGACCGGAAGAAAGGGUUUGACUUAUGCAUUUUCGAGCAUGCGAUUGAAGAUACUGCUCGAGAGCGUGAAAUUAGUAUGUGAGGAGUUCGAGGGCUUCUUGGACAAGAAAUUAGGCAAAGCUGGGGAAGUGGAAUUGGAGCUGAAGAGCUUGUUCUCCAGGUACACAGCGCAAGUGGUGGCGAGGGCGGGCUUCGGUGUGGAUGGAUUGUGCUUCGAAGAGCAGGAAAGUAAAUCAUCCUUCAGAAACAUCACGAAGGAUAUCUUCAAACCGUCUACCCGAAAUUCGUUUCUUUUCGAGCUCGUUCUGUUACUCCCCUUUUUGAACAAAAUCUUCAGAAUGAGCUUCAUACCGAAGCACGUCGAUCGUUUCUUCAGAGGGCUGGUCGCGGAUCUCAUGCAGCAGAGGAGAACGGAGAAUGUAAUUAGGAAUGAUUUUUUCCAGUUGAUGAUAGAAUUAGAGCGAAUGGAGAGUGACAAGUUUGACAUAGAGGUGCUAGCGGCUCACGCGAUGUCGUUCGCUCUAGAUGGUUACGAGACUUCCAGCAGCGUUUUGAGCUUCGUCGGCUUCCAAUUAGCGGCGCAUCCAGAAGUGCAGGAGAAGUUACGCGAAGAGGUGACGUCCGUCCUUUCCAGAUACGACGGUGUUCUCACGUACGAAGCAUUGAAGGAAAUGACGUACAUGGAUCAAGUGAUAAACGAGUCACAGAGGUUGACAAGUAUGGCCCAAGUUAUGCUUAAGAUCUGUACGACAAAGUGCGAGCUGAAAGGAUCGGACGGUCUCGUCUGCUUCGUGGAACCUGGGACGAUAAUCAUGAUACCGGUUCAGGCUCUUCAUGAAGAUCCUCAAUUCUGGGAGAAUCCCGAAGUAUUCGAUCCCGAAAGAUUCAGUUCGGACUGGAAACAGAACAUCGAGAGAUUUGCUUUCCUUCCCUUCGGCGAAGGGCCACGGAUCUGCGUUGGAAUGAGGAUGGCUUUAUUGCAAAUGAAAGGAUGCCUGGCUGCACUUUUAAGAAAGUACAGUUUGGAACUUUCACCCAGAACACAGGUGCCCUUGAAGUUGUUGUCCGGAAUGUUCUUACCAACAGCAGAGGGCGGCCUACGGGUGUUUAUUCGUCCAUUUAAUAAUUGUACAUAAUUGUGAGAAUCUUUCUUAUUGCAUUAAAAGUCUACUGAUGUUAC